CCUGGACACCUUGAGAGGAUCAGCUUGCUUCGGACGGGCGGCACUUCCUUCUCCUGGGCACAGCAGGAAGGUGGUAAUCAGCUGAGCAAGUCGCCAGCAGCUUCUGCAACCCCAGCCAUCUUCAGAGAGGACACCAUCUUCUAUUGCACAUGAGAGAAGCAUCCCUGUCACAUACAGGAAAAGAAAAUGGUGUUGCUGUUGUUUUGGGUGUUGGCCCUCCUCUUUCUCUGCGCUUUCCUGUGGAGUUACAAAGGACAGCUGAAGAUAGCCGACAUCACUGACAAGUACAUUUUCAUCACUGGCUGUGACACAGGCUUUGGAAACUUGGCAGCCAGAACUUUCGAUAAGAAGGGGUUCCAGGUCAUCGCUGCCUGCCUGACGGAAUCAGGAGCAGCUUCUUUGAAGGCCAAAACCUCAGAGAGACUUCAUACAGUGCUUCUGGACGUCACCGACCCAGAGAAUGUCAAGAAGACUGCCCAGUGGGUGAAGAGCCAUGUAGGGGAAAAAGGUCUCUGGGGGCUGAUCAACAAUGCUGGUGUCCUCGGCGUGCUGGCGCCCACCGACUGGCUGACCGUGAAUGACUACAGAGAACCCAUCGAAGUGAAUCUGUUCGGACUCAUCGACGUGACACUGAAUAUGCUGCCCCUGGUCAAAAAAGCUCGAGGGCGCGUUAUCAAUGUCUCCAGUAUUGGAGGCCGGCUUGCAUUCGGUGGAGGGGGCUACACUCCAUCCAAAUAUGCAGUGGAAGGUUUCAACGACAGCUUAAGGCGGGACAUGAAAGCUUUCGGUGUGCAUGUCUCAUGCAUUGAACCAGGACUGUUCAAAACGGAACUGGCAGACCCAAUAAAGACAACUGAAAAAAAGCUGGCCAUCUGGAAACAUCUGUCUCCAGAUGUCAAACAACAAUAUGGAGAAGGCUACAUAGAAAAAAGUCUACACAAACUGAAAAGAAACACGUCCUCUGUGAACUUGGACCUCUCUCUAGUGGUAGAGUGCAUGGACCACGCUCUAACGAGCGUCUUCCCCAAGACUCGUUAUACCGCUGGAAAAGAUGCCAAGACCUUUUGGAUACCUCUGUCUCACAUGCCAGCCAUUUUACAAGACUUCUUAUUGCUGAAACAGAAAGUGGAGCUGGCAAAUCCCAAAGCAGUGUGACUCAAUGGACGACAAACACCCACUCCAGGCUCUGAGGUUGACUGAUUUCAAAGACUUAUCUCAAUCUCAGUCUUCACCAGACCUAACAUGGACUCAUUUAGACCAUGUUUCUGUUUAUAAAAGAAGGAGUUCCAGGGUCCCUUGAGUCUUCUUUGAAAAUAAGGACAGAGAAGACCUACCACACAAGCCAGUCUUGCCUGAUACUGAAGCCUUGCCUGAACGGUAGGAUGAAAGGGUAACAGAAAGACUUCUCCCUCCAAACGGUGUGUGCUGCUGCCUGCCCCUUGCCGGUUCACUAAUCCAGAGUGCUAAGCACUGUGUUUUAUCAAAAUGUUAAGCAAUAAGAAGUCUUUCAUAAGUGUGCCCGGUGGCUCUGGUAUCUCACUGAGAAGAAGACUCCGGCUGGAACUCACUAGGUUCUUUUAAGCUUUGAAAGGAACAAGAAAGUGAUAAAGCACGCUGUCACACAGAGCACUGGGAUGAACAAGAGGCCAUGAGAAACAGAGGGAAGAAAUAGGACAGAAAAAGACAGGGAAGGAAAUGCAAGGCAGGGAGACUCCAACAUGAGCUACACACUCCAGAGGGACAGACACAGAGGAUGCACCACCGCCACUGUGAAGUCAUCCCAUCUGAUCUGUUGCAGUCAGCCACAUCAUGGCAGAAGUCCACCAGCUCUGUUGGCCGGGGUCUUGGCUCCAUUUCACAGCUUCAGACUCUAUGGCUUGCCGCCCUUUGACCUUUCAGAUGUCCCAAGGCUGCCAAGAUUUGCCAUACUGGUCCAAUUGUUCAACCUUCUAAUUCUGUCUUUGUUUUGCCUUCUCCUGAGACAAUUUUUAUUUUUCUUAUUCCUUUAAGUAGCUACAAUUGGCUGUUUGUUCUGACCAUAAACUAAGUGACAUGCAGUCUACCAUUAAGAUCAAGCUUGCCAACUUGCAUUUCCUGUGUUAGCAAUGUGCCAGCUGGACUUCUGUUCAGCUUUUGAGUCCAUCCUUCUUAGCUGUAGGUCUGCCAUCAGCUUCCCCUGAGAGAAGACUCAGUGGACCACAAUGGUUACCUGUUGGUUCAGAGAUGCUGUGAAGGGAACCUGCUGCCAUAAUAAGCCAUUCUGAGCCCAGGGGUACCAAACAAGCCGAGUCAUGAACAAAUGACUCUUUUCUGUGGCUGAAAGCGGAGUGUAGCUAAAUCUUCCAGACUAAAGAGAAUCUCUUCUAUUUAAAAUAUCUUCAAAACCCCUAAAACAUCUGUGGGAAGCUCAGCCCAGUAUAUAAUGAGAAGAAUCCCCAGCAAGCUUCUGAGAAAAAUGCUCAAAUUUUACCCUUCUCCACAGUAUUAGCCCUAAUAGUUCUUGGUGGCAUAAUACAUCACAGACUCAUUUACUGAUGUAGAGGAAAUAGCCCAACAUUCUCAAAAUGAAAAAACUCUGGUAGCUACAAGUUUUGUAUCAAUUUUGAUCUAAGUGACUGCAUCCUGAAUUCUUGCAUGCCAAACAAGACAAUUCUGCUUUGUUUUUUA